CGACUUUUUCUCCUCCUUCGCUGUCAUCAUCAUCAUGCCACAAGAAGUUUACUGUGUGUAUUUAUUUGAUUUGGUGAAAAUCCAUUUUCAUCGUCGUUUAAAUGAAGAAUCUUGUUCUUCGAUUACCCCAUGAAAGUAAAAGAACUUCAAGUUCGAAAACCCUUUAAAUUUCUUCGUCAUAACCCCACGAAAAUGACAUUUUGUGGGUAGUUUAUACAACGAAUUGUUCCACCCACCACUACCCCUUUUCACCUCAACUUCUAGGGUGCUGUAAUCUUCCCAAUUUCGUAAAUCUCGAAAGAAUUUCUCCAUUUCUGUACAGAGUUUUGUUCAGUUCCAAUUAUUUUGUGAAAAAAUCGUUCCUUUCUUCUAUUUCUUUUCGGUUCCGACCCUUAUGCUUGAACCCAAUUCGAUUUAAGAAGAAAAGAAAGAAAGAGAGCAUAAGGGUCUUGUCCAUGGCGUCGAUUCCUGCAGGUCCGAGCUCGGGAUCGAGUUCGAGUUCUGGGUUUCAGUCCCCUUUCGGGGAUACGACUUUCACCAAAGUGUUCGUUGGUGGGCUUGCUUGGGAGACUCAGAGUGAAACCAUGCGUCAAUACUUCGAGCAAUUUGGAGAGAUUCUUGAAGCUGUUGUGAUCACUGAUAAAAACACCGGCCGAUCCAAGGGUUAUGGUUUCGUGACUUUCCGUGAUCCUGAAUCUGCUUCAAAAGCAUGUGUAGAUCCAGCUCCGGUCAUUGAUGGUAGACGGGCGAAUUGUAAUUUAGCUUCACUUGGACGCCCUCGUCCUGCACUUUCUUUUGGACGUAUGUCAUCAACAAUAUCUUAUGCAGGAGGUGUGCAAACUGCUCGUGUGCCUUCUAUAGGAAGCUAUGGCUACCAACAACAACCACCACUUUUUUAUGGCUACAGACAAGGAUUAAUGUAUCCCUCAUACCCGUAUGGAACGUAUAGUCCAGAAUAUGUCUAUCCACAGGGCGUAUACAAUCCGUAUUCAAGUCAGCAAUAUCUUCAAGUAUACGGAGCAGUUAACCCGCCCAAUAUGUAUCCAUACAAUCAAAUGGGUCAAAUAGCUCCAAGUGGUCAUGGUUACACGGCCUAUCCAGGCUAUAAUACAUUGCCAGGUCAUCAAAUUGUGCAAUUUGGUGGGCCAAAUGUAAAUGCAGCUACUACUACUUCAUCCAUUCGGUCAAUUCAAGCAGCAUAUCCAACAGGCAGUGUUGUAGCACCUGUUCAAGGACAACAAUUUGAUGAAGGUCUGAUUAAAAGGUAUCCUUAGAUUGCAGCAGGACUAAGAACGGUAGUACUGCUACUUGAGUGGCGGGCUUCAAAUCUAGCCUUGCAAAUUAUUCGUUUUGCAUUCUAGAGGUCAUUUUUACCAGAGAAAUCAUGGUCAAGGAAAUCCCAUGAAGAUGCGAAUUGUGUCUUCCUUCCAAAAUCCAAAUGUGUCCCAUUUGGUCCUCUUUCACUCUACCAGUGUCACAAGGGUCAAAGAAAUUGCCACCCGAUGCUGGAAUAGGUUUCCAGCAUGCAUUGGAAUCAGCUACACCAUUCUUGUUAGGUUAACAAGGCCUAUCAUUGUGUAAACACAUUGGCUAAAGUCUAUGGUGUUAUGUGUUGGUGUCGUUUUUGUUAUUGUUCAUUGUUCUUGAUCCUGGUUUUCAAUGGGUGAAAGUCCAGAGAUCUUGUAGUCUUAGAAAAAAAAAUGGAAGUGUCAUUGUUUGUGUGUGGCUGCAACUCUUCUUGAACAAAGUCUUUCUUUUGGGAAAUUGUAGGUGUUGUUUGUUCUUUUACCUUUGUGACCAAAUGGG